AUGUCGGGUAACGAGGAUGACAAGGAAUUCUUGAUGAAAAUGCCAAACGGGUGUCAAUUCUCUCUUUCUCUCUCUCACGCGCAUGCUUCUAUCUAUCUAUCUAUCUAUCUAUCUAUCUAUCUAUCUAUCUAUCUAUCUAUCUAUCUAUCUAUUUCAGUCUGUUCAUAUCUAUCUAUCUAUCUAUCUAUCUAUCUAUCUAUCUAUCUAUCUAUCUAUCUAUCUAUUUCAGUCUGUUCAUAUCUAUCUAUCUAUCUAUCUAUCUAUUUCUAUUCAUCUCUAUCUAUCUAUCUAUCUGUUCAUCUAUCUAUCUAUCUAUCUAUCUAUCUAUCUAUCUAUCUAUUUUUCAUCUGUUCUUAUCUACCUAUCUAUCUAUCUAUUUCGGUCUGUUCAUAUCUAUCUAUCUAUCUAUCUAUCUAUCUAUCUAUCUAUCUAUCUAUCUAUCUAUCUCACUCUGUGCAUAUCUAUCUAUCUAUCUAUCUAUCUAUCUAUCUAUUUCAGUCUGUUCAUAUCAAUCAAUCUAUCUGUUUUAGUCUGUUCUUAUCUAUCUAUCUAUCUAUCUAUCUAUCUAUCUAUCUAUCUAUCUAUUUCAGUCUGUUCAUAUCUAUCUAUCUAUCUAUCUAUCUAUCUAUCUAUCUAUAUAUAUAUAUAUAUAUAUAUAUAUAUAUAUAUAUAUGUAUGUAUGUAUUUCAGUCUGUUCUUAUCUACCUAUCUAUCUAUUUAUCUAUUUCAGUCUGUUUUUAUCUAUUUCAGUCUGUUCUUAUCUAUCUAUCUAUCUAUCUAUCUAUCUAUCUAUCUAUCUAUAUAUAUAUAUAUAUAUAUAUAUAUAUAUAUAUAUAUAUAUAUAUUUCAGUCAGUUCUUAUCUAUUUCAAUUUGUUCUUAUCUAUCUAUCUAUCUAUCUAUCUAUCUAUCUAUCUAUCUAUCUAUCAGUCUCUUUUUAUUUAUUGCAGUCUGUUCCUAUCUAUCUACCUAUCUAUCUCUGUCUGUCUGUUGCUAUCUAUCUAUCUAUCUUCACCUGUUCAGAUAUACUUGUCUGUGUUGGCUGGUAA